AUGGAUGUGGAUAAGGCAGAUGGGAUGGAACAGGCGUGCGAUUCGGAUUCUGUCCGACAGCAGACCAAAGAUUACUUCCAAACUAUGUUAUUGGCCACUCUGAUUUUGGAUCAGUAUGAGCGCAGUGUACAGGCCAUGGAAUUGAGGAAACAAAGUGUCAAACUGUAUCUGAACGCUCACAGCUGGCACUGGUUCGAUGAUCAUGCCAUGCUAUGGCAUCCAUACACUACAGAGAGUACUCGAGCGAUCGAUAUCGCCUACCACAAAGGGGAACUAUGCGCCUAUUGUCACAUCACUCGACGCCCUUAUUGUGUGGAAUUUCCAACGAUGACCCAGAUGAAUUUGGACAGCAUGCAUCGUCGCCCGGCGUUGUUGUUUCCUCCGUCUACCGGUUCAGAUGCCAGUCCCACAGAAUAUGAACGAUCAACAAUAGAUACUGAGAUUCCCCCUGCUUUGGAUCCGAAGCUCCGCAAAAUGCUGUUUGCGGCCAUUCAUAAUCACUUCGAGGCCGUGUCUGAGUUGCCCUUAGACCCCCUAGAUCAUUCAAUCAACAGCCGGACCCCAAUGCUCAUCCCAUCGGAUUGUCUCAACGCCAUGCUGCGACUGCUGCUACGGUUGACCUAUUCGAACUACGACGAUGCCGGGGAACUAGCAGACUCAAAUUUUCUCUCUGUGCUUCUCAGUUAUCCACAUGAACGCGAAUUCAGUUCUGAGUACUCGGCAUUUGUUGGCAUGCUACUCACCCAGUUUUUUGAUGAUGAGGCGACAGUGUACAGCGUGAUGAAGGAUGUUCUGCACAAAAUGUCACAGUUCGGUGUUCCCAGUGGAUACAUGGGAAUUGGGGCUAGUCAGCUGGGCUGCCGUGAUUUGUUUUAUUUACUCAGCAUGUGUGCACCUUUGUUUGCCAAGAAUCGUGAAACGGCCUGCAAGUUGGCCUGUGAAGCAAUGAAUCUUACGCUGUCGGAUACAGAUGUGCAAGCCUCAAGCACCACUACAACCACCUGGACUAGUGGACAGACUUUGGGACAUAUGUCGAGCAUUUCUUCACAUCAGUAUCAGCGACAACAACAGCCACAGUCAGGUCAGCAACGGGCUCUCACGGAUGCAUCCUCUACAUCCACUCUCGUCAGCGCCCCAGCCAAAGGGACUACCAAANGGGAUCAACAGAACGGUCUUCAUCUUUUCUCUGUCAUUUGUUUACUUAUCAAUUGA